CAUCAGACUACAUAUUUGGCACUCCAAAGUCCAAAACCAUAUAUUCAUAACCAUUUCAAACCAUAAUGAUACUCUCUUCCGUUAUCUUCUUCUUUCUUUUGCUAACAACUUCUUCAAGCUCAUUAGACACAAUAACCGUGCAUCAAAACAUCACUGAUGGGGAAACCAUUUCGUCUGUGAAUGAAAGGUAUGAGCUGGGUUUCUUUAGCCCUGGCAGUUCAAAAAACCGAUAUCUUGGGAUAUGGUUUAAAAACACGACACCUCUUAGCGUUAUAUGGGUUGCUAACAGGGAGACUCCACUUAAGAAUCACUUAGGCACGGUCAAAUUGGACAGCCUAGGACACUUGUCUAUUCUCGAUGGUGCAGGCGCUGUCGUUUGGUCAUCCAACUCCUCUGCACCCAACACCUCUGUUAAACCCAUAGCACAACUCUUGAGUACUGGCAAUUUGGUAAUCAAGGAUGAAGUUAGUCUCGAUGAGGACGACUUCAUUUGGCAAAGUUUUGAUUACCCUUGUGAUACAAUCGUAUCAGGAAUGAAAAUGGGCAAAAAUUUCAUAACAGGAAGAGAAAUGUAUUUGACAUCUUGGAAAAAUGAAGUUGAUCCAUCCCCAGGUGAGUAUAUAUGGAGGUAUUUAAUGGUUAAAGAUAAAUACCCUCAAGAAUACCUGUGGAAAAAUUCUGUGAUGUUACACAGGUUUGGCCCAUAUAAUGGCGACGAGUUUUCUGGUCAGACAAAAUAUAAUGCCAUAGACAAAGAUAUUAUGGUUCUAAAUGAAGAAGAUAUGCAUAUUCAGUUCACACAUUAUAGUACUCAAUACGCAAUAAUGUUCAAACUGACUCCUGGUGGUAAGGUUAAUAUUUCGCAUCUAAUUAUGCACAAUCAUGAAUGGAUACAAGAUCAAUUUUUACCGAAUGAUAAGUGUGAUGAAUACGGGCUUUGUGGCCCAUAUGGAAUCUGUAGUUCUGUAACUCCUCCUUACUGUGAAUGUAUGAAAGGGUUUGAACAAAUAAGUACUACAAACAAAACAAGUCCCGGGAAUGGGACUAUGGAAUGCCGACGAAGUAAACCCUUGAAUUGUGGGGUUAGAGAGGGAUUUGUCAUGUAUUCAAGCUUGAAGUUGCCGGACACUCAGAAUGCUGUCUAUAACAGGAGCAUGAGUCUCCAAGAAUGCCAGGUCGCUUGCACGAAUAACUGCUCUUGUACCGCCUAUGCAAAUCCAAACAUUACCGAAGCUGCAGUUGGAUGCUUGCUAUGGUUUGGCGAUUUGAUUGAUGUUCGAGUGUAUCAGCAAACAGGACAGGAUCUUUAUGUUAGAAUGGCAGACUCUGAACUACUAGAUGCCCAUUCCAAGUUCUCUAGGAAAAAACGUGUAAUCAUCACCGUUACCUUGUCAAUAUCAGCUGGUUUUAUUGGCUUGAUAUUGGCACUGUAUAUUUGGAGUAGGAAAAUGAAGAAGAGAUCAUCAGAUGUGGAAAGAAAAGGUAGGCCAGGAAAAGCACUUGAUAAAGAUAAAAAGUCAAAUAGCAUGAAAGAAAAUACAGAGUUGCCAUUAUUUACCUUAUCACAAAUAUCUGAGGCCACCAAUAAGUUCGAUGUCAAAAACAAGCUUGGAGAAGGUGGGUUUGGUCCGGUUUACAAGGGCAUACUUGAAGGACAAGAGGUCGCUGUGAAGCUACUCUCAACUUCUUCGAGACAAGGAGUUGACGAAUUUAAGAAUGAAGUUAUAUGCAUUGGUAAACUUCAACAUCGAAAUCUUGUGAAGCUCUUGGGAUAUUGCAAUGAUGAUGAUGGGACCAUUUUAGUCUAUGAAUAUAUGCCUAACAAAAGCCUGGAUACUUAUAUAUUUGAUGAAAACUUGAAGUCACAACUGAAUUGGUCACACCGCUUCCAUAUAAUUUGUGGGAUCGCUCGAGGUCUUCUUUAUCUUCAUCAAGAUUCCCAGCCUACAGUUGUACAUAGGGAUUUAAAAGCAGGAAACAUUUUACUUGAUCUUCAGAUGCGUCCAAAGAUAUCUGACUUUGGUUUGGCCAGAAUGUUUGAUGGACAAGAAAGUGAAGCAAAUACGAAGAGAGUGGUGGGAACUUUGGGAUACAUAUCUCCAGAGUAUGCGGUGAAUGGUGUCUUCUCGACCAAAUCAGAUAUUUUCAGCUUUGGAGUUUUGGUAUUGGAGAUUGUGAGCGGAAAGAAAAAUAGAGGUUUUGUUGAUGAAGAUCAUAACGAUAACCUUCUUGGCCAUGCAUGGAGACUUUACAAUGAAAACAAGUUUCUUGAACUAGUUGACACAUGUUUACACAAGUCUUAUUCUGUUUCUGAAGUUGUGCGAUCAGUGCACAUUGGCUUAUUGUGUGUACAACAUCAAGCAGAAGAUAGACCAAAUGCACAAUUCGUGGUUGAUAUGUUGGACGGCGAAGGUUCAUUACCUUCUCCAAAAAAACCAGGUUUCUUUGUUCAAGGAAGUGAGAUUGUAUCCAACUCAGUUCUUCAUUCAAUUAAUGGAUUAACAUUAAGUCAAAUACAUGGUCGAUAAGGAACUAUUUGAACCAUAUAUGUAUUUCUUAAGUGGUGAUAUAUUUGAGAUUACUAUAUGAAUUUGUAUAAAA